AUGGGCUCGGUUGUUCUCGCGCUCGUGGAGCACGCGGAGCUCGUGGUGCACUCAGAGCUCGUGCUGCUCUCGAAGUUCGUGGUGAACUCGGUGCUCGUGCUGCUCUCGGAGCUCUUGCUGCUCGUGGAAACCCUCGUGCUGGUCUCAGAGCUCAUGUUACACUCGGAGCUGGUGGUGCUCGCGGAAUCCGUGUUGCUUUCGGAGCUCGUGGUGUACUCGAGCUGA